AUGGACAAGAUAGCAGGCGCAGUCAUCUCCUCCAAACUUUCGAGCGCAUCGGAAUCGCUCGGCAUCGACAAGUUUGUCUCCAGCGUCGAGGAAAAGUUUGACAAGUUCGGCACGAAGAAGGAGAACGAGGCGGAGGGGCAGCGAAGUGAAAAUGCAGAGGAGAAGAAGAAAAGUUUCAUCCCGGAUGCUCUCAAGAGCUCGGACAUGAAGGCCAAGGAGAGGUUGCAUGAGAAACGCGCAGAGCGCGAGAAGAUGGCGGAGCAGAUGCGCAAAGAGAUGAAUAUCAAGCGACAAGUACCGGAAGAGACGCCAGCCAAGGAGCAGGAGCAAGAGAAGGGCGCUAUCUCCUCGAUGAUGAGCGGGGUCAAGAGCGGACUCGAGAAGACUGCGGACCUCGGGAGCACAGCUGGAGCCAAACUCCUGCAGGGCCUGUCAGGGAUGUCGAGCAAAGUGAAGUCUACCAUCAUGCGGAGCCCCGGGCAGGAGGAGCAGGAGGGAGAGAAAGUAGAGGAUCGCAGGAUGGAACAGAAAGAGACUGAAGAAGCCGCCGCUUCCACAACUCCUCCUAAGUCCGGCCCGUCCUCGAUGGGCAGCAAACUGCAGGAUUUGAAGGAGACAGCAAGCUCGUCGGCAUCUAAGGGGAAGCAACUUGUGACGAGCGGUGAGACUUGUGGCUGCGAGCGGCUAGAGGGUGACGAGGAGAGACAGGCUUCUCGAUGA